GCGAUUUCUGGGGCUCGGAGCUGAGCGCUACCUGCCUGGGGGAAUGGCGGGGAGGGGUAAACUCAUCGCGGUGAUCGGGGACGAGGACACGGUGACUGGCUUCCUGCUGGGCGGCAUAGGGGAGCUUAACAAGAACCGCCACCCUAAUUUCCUGGUGGUGGAGAAGGAUACCACCAUCAAUGAGAUCGAAGACACCUUCCGGCAGUUUCUCAACCGCGACGACAUCGGCAUCAUCCUCAUCAACCAGUACAUUGCAGAAAUGGUGCGGCAUGCCCUGGACGCCCACCAGCGCUCCAUUCCGGCCGUGCUAGAGAUUCCCUCCAAGGAGCACCCCUAUGACGCGGCCAAAGACUCCAUCCUGCGCAGGGCCAAGGGCAUGUUCACUGCUGAAGACCUGCGCUAGGGAACCCCUCGGCCCCUCAUCCCUUACCACUUCUCUCCUGGCUUGCCAUGGAAGUUUCAAGCCCCUGCCUGGUUUCCAAUUCCCACCCCUUCCCGCUCCACUGAGAAGGCUAGGGGAGGUACUUCUAUAUGAUGGUGUGUUACCAUUAAAAUCUAGUUUGGUUAGGGGACAGGAAACCCAUCUUCUCUCUCCACUACCUCUGUUCCAUACUGUUACAGUGUCACUGUUGAUAUUAAAAUAAUACUCUUGCUUCUGUCCAAA